UCGGUUCGAGCUCGAGGCUGUCGUCAGUUGCUUGUGUUUCCUCGUUGGCGCUGGACGCGAAGCGGCGCAUGUGAGAUAAACAUAUUCAUACAACAAGAAUCAGCUACAAAUCUCUUAGGCUCAUUCAGACAAACAGAACAUUUGACGCGUGUUCGUUGCGUAUACGCCGCAUUCGCCUAGCCAAGGUGCACAAGGUGCCAAGACUCGCGCGUGAUUCUCGCCCGUGUGACAGCUGAGCGCGAAUAGCCAAAAGCGCCACAAAUACAAAUUCAAGUCAAGAGCAAGUGCCGGUGCGUGCUCGAGUGCGAAUCCGCUACGUUACGGUCCAUGGCUGUGUUUGCGGUUCCGUUUUAGUUGGCAUUUGGAGGCGACGCCAAGCGACGCGAGGCGACGCGUCGGCUGAGCAAAGAAAAUACAACUUUUUGGCUUUGACUUUUGUUGAGCUGCCUGGGCCAGGCCUUCAGCUUCAAGUGCAAGUUAAACACGGGCAACAACUUAACCUCAAGCUUCGAAUUAAUUCAAUUGUCUGCAGCAUUGGAGCAAUUAGCAAUGAGCCAAAUAUUAAGGCAAACUUUUUGAAUACAAGUGAAAAGGCAUUCAAGAUAAAGCUGAAGCUGAAGCUAAAGAUAAAGAUAAACUUGAAACGUGAUCCGGCCUAGACGACGGAAAUGGCUGCUUAAGUGGCGCACUUCCGGUAAAACCGGACAGAAUUCAACAGCAACAGCAACAAUAACAAUAACAAAAGCAACAACAGCAAUCCACUCAGCCGCAGCCACUGCUAUAGCCAUUGGCCCCCGCCCUUGAGCUGAAUCUCCAACUGGAAAGCGACUCAUUAGGUAUCCAAACAAAGUCCUUAAGCAUGGCCAAUGUCAGCAACGAGACGGUUAACGCUUGGCUGGUCUCAGUCAGCACGCAGCUGCCCCAUGUGCUGGGCAUGAACUGGAGUGGCAGCAGCACCACCACACUGGCCACGCACGGCAGCGGCAGCAGCAGCACCACCACCACCACCAUCAGCCCCACAGCCACCAUCAGCUUCCCCAGCAGCACCGCCGCCAGCAGCAGCACCGUCGGCAGCCUGAGUGUGGAUGCCACGGAUGGCGAUAAAUCAGGCAUUAUACACAAUCAGUUCGUGCAGAUCUUCUUCUAUGUGCUCUACACCACGGUGUUUGUGCUGGGCGUGUUUGGCAACGUGCUGGUCUGCUAUGUGGUGCUGCGGAAUCGGGCCAUGCAGACGGUCACCAAUAUAUUCAUUACCAACCUGGCCCUCUCCGACAUUCUGCUCUGCGUGCUGGCCGUGCCCUUUACGCCCCUCUACACGUUCAUGGGCCGCUGGGCGUUCGGCCGGACGCUCUGUCAUCUGGUCUCAUUUGCCCAGGGCUGCAGCAUAUAUAUAUCGACGCUGACGCUCACCUCGAUUGCCAUCGAUCGGUAUUUCGUGAUCAUUUACCCGUUCCACCCGCGCAUGAAGCUCUCCACGUGCAUCGGCAUCAUAGUCAGCAUCUGGGUGAUCGCUCUGCUGGCCACGGUGCCCUACGGCAUGUACAUGAAGAUGACCAACGAGGUGAUGGACAACGCCACCCAGCUGAUCGGCGUGAAUGAGACGAGCGGCUGGGGCCGCAGCUACGGCUAUCCCGCGCCCGACGCCACCUCGGCUGCCCAGGCCUACAUGCAGGUGAUCUCGGACGGCGUCACCGUCUGCGAGGAGAACUGGCCGUCGGAGCACUACCGCAAGGUGUUCGGAGCCAUCACCACGACGCUGCAGUUCGUCCUGCCGUUCUUCAUCAUAUCCAUUUGCUAUGUCUGGAUCUCAGUCAAGCUGAAUCAGCGGGCCAGGGCCAAGCCCGGCUCGAAGUCGUCGCGCCGCGAGGAGGCGGAUCGCGAUCGCAAGAAGCGCACGAAUCGCAUGCUGAUCGCAAUGGUGGCCGUCUUUGGACUCAGCUGGCUGCCCAUCAACCUGGUGAACAUAUUCGAUGACUUCGACGACAAGUCGAAUGAGUGGCGCCUCUACAUGCUCUUCUUCUUCGUGGCCCACUCGAUCGCCAUGAGCUCCACGUGCUACAAUCCCUUCCUGUACGCCUGGCUGAACGAGAACUUCCGCAAGGAGUUCAAGCACGUGCUGCCCUGCUUCAAUCCCUCCAACAACAACAUCAUCAACAUCACCCGCGGCUACAAUCGCAGCGAUCGCAACACCUGCGGCCCGCGCCUCCACCACGGCAACGGCGAGGGCGGCCCCGGCGGCAGCCUGGAUGCCGACGAUCCGGACGACAAUGGCAUCACCCAGGAGACCUGCUUGCCCAAGGAGAAGCUGCUCAUCAUACCGCGCGAGCCCACCUACGGCAACGGCAACGGCGCCGUCUCCCCCAUACUCAGUGGACGCGGCAUCAACGCUGCCCUGCUCCACGGCUGUCAGUCCCAGUCUCAAUCCCAGUCCCAGUCCCAGCAGCAGCAACAGCAACAGCAGCAGCAGCAGCAGGUGGAGCUCACCCGUCGCAUCCGCCGGCGCACAGACGAGGACGGCGACUACAUCGACUCCGGCGACGAGCAGACGGUGGAGGUGCGCUUCAGCGAGACGCCCUUCGUCAGCUCCGACAACACGACGGGCAUCAGCAUGCUGGAGACGAGCGAGUGCCUCUUCCAGAGCGCAGCCGAGCUGCCAGAGCUGGACAUUGUCGUGGUUGGCUCUGAUGGAGCCGAUGCCAGCAGGCGAUGUAACUGAGACAGGAUUUUCGAAACACAUUUCUAGGCAGAGAAACGCGAGGACAGCGAAUUGCCUGGGAAUGUGGCAUAAACUAAAAUGCCGGAGCAU